CGGACGGGGGAGAGGAGGAGAAGGAAACCCUCGCCGCCGCCUCGUCCUCCCUCUUCUUCUAUUCCUCUUCGGCGGCGGCUUCAGACAGACCUCGCUAGCUAGGGUUUCGGGCGGCGGAAGGAAGAUGAGCCGCAGCCUGGGGAUCCCGGUGAAGCUGCUGCACGAGGCGGCGGGGCACGUGGUGACGGUGGAGCUCAAGACCGGCGAGGUCUACCGGGGCUCCAUGAUCGAGUGCGAGGACAACUGGAACUGCCAGAUCGAGAACAUCACAUUCACAGCAAAGGACGGCAAGGUGUCGCAGCUGGAGCACGUCUUCAUCAGGGGCAGCAGGGUCAGGUUCAUGAUCAUCCCCGACAUGCUCAAGAACGCCCCCAUGUUCAAGCGCCUAGAGGCCAGGAUAAGGGGCAAGGGGUCGGCCAUCGGCGUCGGGCGCGGCCGCGCUGUUGCCAUGCGUGCCCGGGCUGCUGGUGGACGUGGUGGUGGUCCCCCUGUUGGAGGAGGACGGGGUGGCGCGCCUCCCGUGAGGAGGUAGAUGAUGUGAGCCGAUCCACUGUGUGGUUGAGGAAGGAAGUUGCUGUCUUUACUAGCGAAGUGAAACAAACUGCUGCGGCGGCCAUGCUUGUGAGCUUUGUGAUGUGCCUCUAGUUUAGUUUGUUGGUUUCUGCGAACCGAUUUUCUCUAUGUAUGAUGAUGAUGUAUUGCUGUUGUUAGGUGUAAACAUGAGACUUGAUGGUUCGUUGGAGGCUGUGUCAUUGCAAUGGAUUAUCUCUUGUGAAGCUUACUGCUAGUUAAUAUGUGUUGAACUAUGACCAUGAUAUAAUCAAGUAGACCGUAUCA